AGUUUUCUCAAGCUUCUGCCUCCAAGCCGUUGUCAAAGCGCAGUUAUGUCCAACGGAGGUGUGAAGAGGAAGUUGGCUGUGCUUGAUCGGGAUGCCUUCUUGGAGAAGUCGAAGGCCGCUCGCAUGCAGCGUUGCCCUCAAGGGCACUUCAUCAAGGCGAUGUACUCAUCCCUUGUGGAUGCCAUUAUCACUGAUCCAGAGCUAAUGGCCCCUGCCCCAUGCUUGGCCAGGGGGCAUGCUGUCUUUGACACCUGUACGCUCGCCAACGGCUGCGUUUAUAGGUUGGGACUGCAUUUGGAUCGUCUCUUCACCUCUGCCAAGCUAGCAAAGUUGAAGCUGCCCUUCGGCGACAGUGAGGAGAAACUCAGAGGAGGAAAUUGUUUGCGAGACUUGUGUCGCAAGCGGCCUAAAGAAUGGAGGCGUGCGAUACUUUCUCACUGCUGGGCCUGGAAACUUUGGAUUCACCUCAGCAGGUUGUGAGCCUGCGUUCUACGUGACCGUGCUCAAAAGCGAGAAAGAUUCUGAAGCAACAGGCAUUAGCGAGGCACUUGUGCCUGAAAGCGAGGUACCUAUGAAGCCCGCUCUUUUGGCCACCCUGAAGAGCAACAACUAUCUGCUGAAUUGCAUGCUCGCGAUGACUGCUCAGGAGCGAGGUGGGAAUUUUGGCAUCAACAUCCGUAAUGAUGGCACUGUAGCAGAGGGCUGCGUAGCCAACUGUGCCAUUGUCACCAAGGACAAAACGUUCAUUACCCCACCGCACCCUGGAAGCAAUACAUUGGUUGGCCAAAACACGAUUUCCACCUGAUGGUAUUUCAUUUCUCUCAGGCUUUGGCAUCAUCGGAGUGUUUACAGCAAAUAUGAUGAAUUGCUAUUAACAUUAUUGUGACAUAUGUUUGUUGAGAUUUGUUUAGCAAACUAUUCAAUGUAACUGCUUCCGCAGCUAGGGGCUAUUGCUAGAAUUGCCCACUCGUGCGAACUUGCUCCUGCUGCGCCGAAGGUUGUGCACGCCAACCUGUGCCACCUCUUAACGGGCCCUUGUGAUGGACCAGACGCCACAAAAACUUAACACCACCAAGGUGAGGCUCUGGAUCAGGUAGUACCUCUCAUUGCAGCUACCUAGUGGCCACUAUUGGCCGGAUGCACGCCCGGUGCUCCUCUUUGUCGAACACCACAGAAUCACCAAUCCGACCAAUCCCUCAGGUUUGAUGGCAUCCUUGCGGGAACCACCGUGCGUAAGGCCAUGCAACUCAUCAAGGAGCAUCUCCUAGGUGAGAGUAAGGCCGUCAAAGAGGUUCGUCAAGAGACCUUGCACUCUGCCCAGCUUUUUGAUGCUGCAGAGGUGAUGAUGUUCGGUGGUGACCUUGGUGUUUUCCCUGUGACCAGACUGGACGGACGCUCCAUUGGAGAUGGCAAGGUAGGGCCUGUUGCAGCGAAGGUCAAGGAGCUGAUAUGGAAGGAUGCUCAAGAAGGCCAAGGUGAACACAUCAAGCUUACCUACUGAUCGUGUGUCAGCCAGCUGACUCUGGCCUCAAUGUACAAAGUGCAGAGAACAUACUGGACCGCUCGCCUCUUGCGUUAUCUCCGAAACUAUUGCUAGAACUUGCGCC